GCGCUCCCUAACAAAUCACGCCUGAAACACCCACCACACACACCACUCUGCACACACAGACCGACGACGACGACGGCACAGGCGCCAUACGAAAUGGCCUCCCAGCUCUCCGCCGCCGUGCCGCAGUUCCACGGCCUCCGGGGCUACGCCUCGCCCAGGUCCGUGGUGGCGAUGCCGUCCGUGCGGGUCGGCAGGAAGAGGUCCCAGGGCAUCCGCUGCGACUACAUCGGCUCCGCCACCAACCUGAUCAUGGUGACGACGACGACGCUGAUGCUGUUCGCGGGGCGGUUCGGGCUGGCGCCGUCGGCGAACCGGAAGGCGACGGCGGGGCUGAAGCUGGAGGCGCGCGACUCCGGGCUGCAGACGGGCGACCCCGCCGGGUUCACCCUCGCCGACACGCUGGCAUGCGGCGCCGUCGGCCACAUCCUCGGCGUCGGCAUCGUGCUCGGGCUCAAGAACACCGGCGCCCUCGACCAGAUCAUCGGCUAGACGAUCCCUACGGUUGUUCUUAAGCUCUGAUGAAGCUCACAAUCCUCGAUCGCGCCGCCGCCGCCGGUGCAUAUGCCUAUGUAACGUGCGUGCGUGUGUGUUUGUGCGCGCAUGCCAUGCGUACGUCUCGUUCCAAUGGACAUAGCUCUUGUUGCUCCUCU